AUGGAGGAGGGGUUCGUGGUCCUCGUGGAGGUGGACAUGAACGCCGGAGACGAGCCGGCUGCUUUCCCCACCGUAAGAGCCACCGUCGUGCAGGCCUCCAGCGUCUUCUUCGACACCCCGGCCACGAUCGAGAAAGCGAAGAACCUGAUAGCAGAGGCUGCCGAGCAGGGCGCGCAGCUGGUGGUGUUCCCGGAAGUCUUCGUCGGCGGUUUCCCCCGUGGCAGCGACUUCGGAGUCACCAUCGGCGGCCCCCCGCAGGCAAAAGGGAGGAGGGGGAAGGACCUCUUCUGCAAGUACUACGCCUCCGCCAUCGACGUCCCCGGUCCCGAGGCGAACCUCCUGGCCUCGUUCGCCGCCAAGUACAAGGUGUACCUGGUGAUGGGCGCGGUGGAGCGGCACGGGGGCACGCUGUACAACACGGUGCUCUUCUUCAGUCCGGCGGGGGAGCUGCUCGGGAAGCACCGGAAGCUGGUGCCCACGGCGCUGGAGCGCGUGCUCUGGGGGUGCGGGGACGGCUCCACGCUCUCGGUCUACGACACCCCGAUCGGCCGCGUCGGCGCGCUCGUGUGCUGGGAGAGCAAGAUGCCGCUGGCCCGGGCCGCGCUCUACGGCAAGGGCCUGGAGAUCUACUGCGCGCCCACCGCCGACGACUCCGACCUCUGGCAGGCGUCCGCGAGGCACGUCGCGCACGAGGGCGGGUGCUUCCUCCUGUCCGCCAACCAGUUCUGCCGCAGGAAGGACUACCCGCCCCCGCCCGAGUACGCCUUCACCGGGUUCGAUGAGGAGCCCGCGCCGGACGACGUCCUCUGCCGCGGCGGCAGCGUCAUCGUCUCGCCGUCCGGGGCCGUCCUCUCAGGACCAAAGUACGACGGCGAGGGACUCCUCACGGCCGAUCUAGAUUUCAGUGAAAUCGUUCGGGCCAAGUUCGACUUCGACGUCGUGGGGCACUCCUCGCGCCCUGAGGUGUUGACCUUGGUCGUCAAGGACCAGGCGCAGCUCCCUGUGAUUUACAAUUCUGCCUCUCAAAAUUAA